UGGCGCAGAACUGCUGAAAAGUCCCCGAGCUGAAUUACACAGACUCUGAGACAAUAACAGGCCAUGUUUCCUUUUAAAUUCCUACUUCCUGAAAUGGAGGCUGUUUAUGAGAAACAGUAUAUUUCAGGGAACUUGUGCUAUAAUUAACUUUUUAAGAGUUAGACUUGCUUGUUUAAAGUGUAUUUCCUCUUCCUCGAGAUAAUGGAGGUUCUUCUAAAUCAGAAAUGGAUUGAAAUCUAAUAAACACAGAUUCGGGGAUGCUUGCCUCAGUGUCACAGUCGCUCUUCAAAUUGGAGAUUGACCGCCUCCAAGGUUCACAAAUGUUUCAGCAACCCUAGGAAAGUCACCCGGGCUUCCCCGAGGCAGAGUUACAGGGCUUUAGAGUAACUCAUUCUUCACUCCGACGGAGCCUUCCACUCCUACUCAAACUGGUUUCCAACAUAGGCCAUAUGCCUGGAGACCCUACCACACCUCAUGGUAAUUGAUCACCGUAGACCCAGGGACACUCGACUCAUCAUCAAGAGAGGGUAAUCGUCAUGAAUAAUCAAAAAGCUGUGGCUACUCUGCUGCAAGAGUGCAAGCAAGUGCUGGAUCAGCUCCUGUUGGAGGCAUCAGAUGUGUCAGAGGAGGACAAGAGGGAGGACCAGAGAUGCAGAGCCUCACUCCCCAGCGAGUUAAGAACCCUGAUCCAGGAGGCAAAGGAAAUGAAAUGGCCCUUCGUGCCUGAAAAGUGGCAAUACAAACAAGCUGUGGGCCCAGAGGACAAAACAAACCUGCAAGAUGUGAUUGGCGCCAGCUUGCAGCAGUUACUGGCGUGCCUGAAAGCCUCCAUCCUCGCCCGGGACUGCGCCACGGCCGCCGCCAUCGUGUUCCUGAGCGACCGUCUCCUGUACGGGCUCGACGUCUCGGGCCAGCUGCUGCAGGUCGCCAAAGCGCUGCACAGGUUGCAGCCCGCGACGCCCAUCGCCCCGCAGGUGGUCAUCCGCCAGGCCCGAAUCUCGAUGCAUGCAGGGAAACUUUUAAAAGCCGAGUAUAUCCUGAGCAGUCUAAUAAGCAACAAUGGAGCAACGGGUACCUGGCUGUAUGGAAAUGAAAGCGACAAGGUCCUGGUGCAGUCAGUCUGCAUACAGAUAAGAGGGCAAAUUCUGCAGAAGCUGGGGAUGUGGUAUGAAGCAGCAGAGUUAAUAUGGGCCUCGAUCAUGGGAUACCUGACACUUCCUCAGCCAGAUAAAAAGGGCAUUUCCACAUCGCUAGGUAUAUUGGCAGACAUCUUCGUCUCCAUGAGCAAGAAAGAUUAUGAAAAGUUUAAAAGCAAUCCUGACAUUAGCCUGCGCUUGCUGAAGGAGUUUGACCACCACUUGCUGUCAGCCGCUGAAGCCUGCAAGCUGGCGGCUGCCUUCAGCCCCUACACGCCCCUCUUCGUGCUCACGGCUAUGAAUAUCCGUGGCACAUGCCUCUUGUCAUAUAGUAGUUCUAAGGACUGUCCUCCAGGAAUGAAAAAUUCAUAUCUAUGUGAAGCCAAAGAAGCCUUUGAAAUUGGCCUUCUCACCAAGAAACGUGAUGAACCAGUUACGGGAAAACAGGAGCUCCAUAGUUUUCUUAAAGCUGCUUUUGGUCUCACCACUGUGAACCAAAGACUCUAUGGGGAGAUGGAGACCGUCCAAACAGCCAGUCAGCUCUGUAGUGAAGCUAUGGGAAAGCUGUAUACUUUCAGCAAUUCCUCCAGAAGUCAGGAGAGAGAAGCUGUCUCUCAGGAAAUCAUGUCUGUUAUCACCCGGGUGAAGGAACAGUUACAAGUUCAAAGCUUCUCGAAUUUAGAUGACAAGUCUUAUGUUCCAGAGGGAUUCAGAUGUGGGUCAGAGAAGCCCCUCUUACUUGGGCAAGUGGAUUUCCCCAAAAUCCUCGGAGCCUAUUCACAGCACCACACUUCAGUGUGUGAAAUAUUUGAAAGCACGUGUGGAAACAACAAAAAUAAACAGAAAGGUAUGAAAACAGGAGUCUGUAUCACGGAUCUAAAAACAGAAACAAAAAACAUAGAUACCGUGAGUGCCACAGAGGACAAAGCACAUUUUGAAAAAGGCAUGGUGAUAUCUUCCUCCCGGAUGGCGAUGAACAGUCAGGAGAGACUCAGGAGGGUGGGAAGGAGAAACUGGGCCAGUUCUGAUGCAUUUCGAGUCUCCGUGGAUGAAGAUGUGGAGACCGAAGCUGAGUCAACAGACCACAGCAUCGGUGGGGGAGCUGUCCUGAACAAGUCUCUGAGUGACAGCCCGAGCUCCAGUUCUUGGAGCAAGUUGUCAGGGUACCAGUCUUCUACAAGCUGGGAGGAAGUGAAUUAUGUUGAUGAUAUGUCUGCAGGAAGAGAGCUGAGCAAGGAGGAGCAUCUUGUGGACACGCAGUGUUCCACUGCCCUGUCAGACGAGCAGGAGGUGAAUGGGGCGAGCAGAGCUGAGCACCCACUGUCUUCAGAGCUGCAUGGUCUCUCUCUCCAGGUGCCCAGGGAUGACAGUUUAGAGUCUUCUCAAUGUCAGCUGCACGAGUCCGUGCCCUUGGCAACCUUCCCACCUCAUAGCACAACAGACAUUUCAUUGGCCUCUGGUGGAGGGUGGUUUAAAGGAGGCAUGCAGGAAGUUGGAAAUGUGGGGUCCAGAAAUACUUCUGCUCAUUCCAGACCCUCAUUUUGUUCUGCUUCUUGGACUUCUGAUUCUGGUUGGCCUAAGAACGUGGCCACAUAUCCUUCCAUCCAAGAAGAAGAAACCUUUGAAACAAUUGAUGAGUUUCGAGAUAUCAACGAUGAUGCCAAGGACGAGGGUGAAGAAAACAAGAGAGAAGAAAUAAAAGGAGGCACAGGUCCUCCAUUUAAAGAUAGCCCCUGCUGGGUUGACCCAGAAGGAGAAAUAGCAGAAAGAGCAGAAGAUGUUCCCGUAGACUUCCACUCAGUCGUGGACGAGUCUCUGGACAAAAGCUCCACAGUAGCAUGUAACUCUUACACUCCUCAUUGGCUUGUUCAAAACCCUAACUCAGGAAAAAAUGGUUGCUCAGUCAAAGAGCAGGGCAUUGACCCUGAUGCCUCCACGGUGGGUGAGGAGAGCCCACUGCUGGGCAGUACAGAUGUUCACACCACGAGCACACGUGGCUCCCCUAGACCGUGCACUUGGAAGCAGCCGCCCAUUCAGGGAGCCCAGAUCCCCAGUUCCUCAGUAAGCAGUAAGACUUCCACCCCUGUCCUCAGCGAGGACUGCACUACCACGGAGGAAGCAAAUGAACCUGGAAACCUGCUAAACUGCAGCCAGAACUCCAGCCUAUCCUCACCUUGGUGGCUGAAAUCACCGGCAAUCUCCAGUGGUUCUUCUGAGGGAGAAAAUCCAUGGUCUUUUCUGAAUUCCAGUGGAAGUUCUUUUGUUUCAUUGCCAGGAAUGACAAAGCAGGCGAUCCUUGAGGCCCGCACCCUGCAGCCUGAUGACUUUGAAAAACUCUUGGCAGGGGUGAGGCAUGAUUGGCUGUUCCAGAGACUGGAGCAUACAGGCGUUUUUAAAUCAGGCCAGCUCCACGGAGCACAUAGUGCUCUUUUGUUAAAAUAUUCCAAGAAAUCUGAACUGUGGACAGCCCAAGAAACUGUUGUAUAUUUGGGGGACUACCUACAUGUGACAAAGAAAGGCAGACAAAGAAAUGCAUUUUGGGUACAUCAUCUUCAUCAAGAAGAAACUCUGGGCAGAUACGUUGGGAAAGAAUAUAAGGAGCAGAAGGGGCUCUGGCACCACUUCACUGAUGUGGAGAGGCAGAUGACCGCACAGCACUACGUGACAGAAUUUAACAAGAGACUUUAUGAGCAGAAGAUUCACACGCAGAUCUUCUACAUACCAGCCUCAGUAUUGCUGAUUUUAGAAGGCAAGACAAUAAAAGGAUGUGUCAGUGUGGAACCUUACAUGCUAGGGGAAUUUGUAAAAUUAUCAAAUAACACAAAAGUGGUGAAAACAGAAUACAAAGCCACAGAAUACGGAUUGGCUUACGGCCACUUUUCUUAUGAAUUUUCCAAUCAUAGAGAUGUUGUGGUUGAUUUACAAGGUUGGGUGACUGGGAAUGGAAAAGGGCUCAUCUACCUCACAGAUCCCCAGAUUCACUCAGUUGAUCAGAAAGAUGUCACUACCAAUUUUGGAAAGAAAGGAAUUUUCUACUUCUUUAAUAACCAGCAUGUGGAAUGUAAUGAAAUAUGCCAUCGUCUUUCUUUGACAAGACCUUCGAUUGAGAAACCAAACAAUCCAUAGACUAUCUGGAGUGGUAAUGACCACUCAGUGCUGCUCACCAAUUCUGGGCUCUCCUCUCCAUCCAGACGCACAAAUGAUGGCACAGCCUGGUCCUUGGGUUCCGGUGGGCCAUGGGACUGGCUAGCCAAUAAUUUUUGAGAGGAAUUGAAGAGUAUCUUCUUCAGGCCGAUAUUCAGUUGCCAGUGCAGCACUCUAGAGUCUCUCCCUCUGCACAAUUGCCAAGAAUACAUCAGAAGUCCCACAAUGAGAAGAACUCAGGAAAGAGCUCCAGUUGACCCAUGAUGAACACGAAGCACAUAUGAGAAAUAAGCUUUUCUAGCUGAAGCCAUCGAGAUUUGGGGACUUAAGUCACUGUCCAUCUAGAUUGAUACUUUUAGCGUUUUUCUUAUUGAUUUAGGAAUUCUUUAUAGAUAUAUAUUAAAGAAUUCAGGCCUUUGUGGUAUGCAUUCCAA